AGCUGUCUUGAUAUGUUAUGAUAAACGAGCGCAUUUGGCAGCAAUUGAGCUCCAUUAUGCGUCAUAAGAAUGAGGCUGUGAGCAUCUCUGAGGGACGGACGUGAGGAUCUCGACUCCCUCAACCCCUGUCACAGAUCCUCCUGGCGCGUGUCCACGCACAGCUGCCCUCGCGAGACCAGUUAUUUAAACGACACAGCUGACAUUCCCCUUACAGCCCAGAAACAUACGCGGAAAAGUGUCCACGCUGAAAGAUCUCGGUAACUGCUACUAUCGCAAUGGAGUCGGCGCGCAACGGCACCGCGCGGGGCGCGCUCUCAUCGCAGCAGACCACCAGACUUUCCUCGCUCGGCGGAAGGGACGGCAACGCUUACUUGUACAUCGUCAUCGUGGUGUCCUUCUACGGAGUCUUCCUCAUGGGGAUCAUGCUCGGUUACCUGCGCAGCAAACGGCGAGAGAAGAGACGCAUGAACGCUUUCACGCGCCUGCUGCACGAGGAGGAGCAGCGCGAGUGGGGCGCGAGCCAGAAAAAGCACAGUUUCAGCCUGCCCUCGUUUCCCGCGCUGCGCUCUACGCCGGUGCCGUUCUUGUUAACCGGCAGGCACGCGGGCUGCGGGCGCGUUCUCGCACCUCUGGCCUGCGCGCUGUGCUCGGUGGAACAGAGCAGCGUGAGUUCUCUCAGCUCCACCGCCGAUGUGCGCUUUGCUAUAGAGGAAGAGCCGGUGAACGGAGACGGGACCGAGGAACCGGUGAUCUCGCGCUCGGAACCAAACUGCGGCGCGGAAAAUCUGAGCGAGACUUCCUGAGGUUGCGUCACCUGACCAAAUGUCUAAAAUCAACUCUAAGGUUCCUUAAAGUUCAUGACGGACUGUAUGGUUUCAUAAAGAAUCUUUAAGAUCAAUAGAAACUGUUGAACAAAAACUUUAAAGGGAUACUUAACCCAAAAAUGAAAAUUCUGUCAUCAUUUACUCACCUUCGAGUUGUUCCAAAUCUGUAUAAAUUUCUUUGUUCUGAUGAACAGAGAAAGAUAUUUGGAAGUAUGCUUAUAACCAGACAGAUCUUGCCCCCCAUUGACUCCCAUAGUAGGAAAAAAUACAAUGGUAGUCAAAGGUGCCCCAGAACUGUUUGCUGUCCUACAUUCUUCAAAAUGUCUUAUUUUGUGUUCAGCAUAACAAAAAAAAAUGAUAAAGUAAUUUGUCCUACUAAGUCAAUGGGGGGCAAUUCUGUUUGGUUAUAAGCAUUCUCCCAAAUAUCUUUCUCUGUGUUCAUCAGAACAAAGACAUUUAUACAGAUUUGGAACAACUCGAAGGUGAGUAAAUGAUGACAGAAUUUUCAUUUUUGGGUGAAGUAUCCCUUUAAAUUCUAGAGAAUAUAAAAGAUAAGAAAACACUAAAUGGCUCUUUGGGUUCUUAUGUGAAAUCGCGCGAUGAAGUGCCUUUAUUUUUAAAAGUGAAACGAUGGUAUUAGCAUCAAUAAACGAACUUAACAUGACAGCAAAGCGCAUAACUCUGUUUGAUGGAGUUUCCACAUUCAUUCAUUUACAGUAGUUUUAAUAAAUACUAACUGUAGUAUUUUGGCAGUGGUAAGGUUCUCCAAAGUGCCGAGGCGGUAAAUACGAAUAAAAAAAUAACCUGGAAAUCACUUGAAAACUCUUUGUUCUUAUAUAUCAACAUGUACAUAAACGUGUGAAAUAAUUUGAUAUGUUUGCAUUUUUUGUAAAUAAGUGAUCCAUAUUGCUUUACUUGCAUGGAUGCGACUAUUUAAGAGUCUAUUAAAAAGUCUCUUCGGUUUGAGUGAAGUUUCAUGUCUUUAUUUGCACUUACAAAUCACUGUCUCAUGGGGGUGUAAGAGACCAUGUGAGCAUCUCAAGGGAC